UGACGAAAAAGUUUGAAGAAAUCUUGUGGAAAAUUGCAGAAACAUUAGUGAUCGAGAUUAAGCACAUCCAAUACCAAAAAAUGAUGCAUCAUCAUGCUAUUCUGCUUGUGAAAUACCUUUGCGAGGAAACUAUAAAGUUGGACCAUGUGCUAGCUUCUUCAAUACUUAAAAAGCCACUACAUAUUGCAGCGGCUAAUGGGGCUCAUGAAGUCGUGGAAGAGAUUUUGUAUUCAUUUCCUAGUGCGGCUUACUUUCUAAACAAGCAAAAGCAAUUAUUUCUACAUAUUGCAAUUGCGAAUCGUCGUGAGAGAGUUUUCAAUCUCAUAUAUCAAUUUGAGGACCUUGGCCACCAGUUUCUACGAGUGAUAGAUAUGUCGAGAAACAAUGGUCUACAUUUGGCUGGAUAUUUGGAAAGAAGUUCAGAAUUCAAUAUCAAAACUAGUGCAGUUGGUGCAGCUCUACAGAUGCAACGUGAAAUACAAUGGUUUAAGGAAGUAGAAAAAUGUUCACUACCUCAAGACAAGGAACGGAAAAAUGACCAGGGGAAGACACCAAUGGAGCUAUUUAGCGAAACGCAUGAGAAGCUGAUUAAAGAAGGUGGGAAAUGGAUGAAAGACACCUCCACCUCAUGCACUAUUGUAGCAGCAUUAAUUGUUACCAUAGUAUUUGCAGCUACGAUUACCGUACCAGGUGGAAACAAUGAAGGAAGUAAUAACAGUGACAAUGGUUUUCCAGUUUUCUCCAAAGAAAAAGCCUUCAUAAUUUUUGCAAUAGCGGACGCAAUUGCUCUUGUCUUAUCAAGUUCUUCUGUCUUAGUGUUCUUGUCCAUCCUUACUUCACGCUAUGAAGCAGAUGAUUUUCUCAAAGUGCUACCGAUUAGAGUACUUGUCGGUCUUGUGACCCUAUUCCUCUCCAUAAUAUUUAUGGUGGUAGCAUUCGGAGCAACAACUUUUCUUGUUUUUGGACAUAAAAAAGCAUGGAUUCUCAUUCCUGUGGCUACAUCAGCAUGUCUACCUGUGUCCUUGUUUGCGUCCUUACAAUUUCCCCUCCUUUUCGAUAUGCUCAAAUCCACGUGUGGACCCGGCAUUUUUGGUAAGCAAGGUGACCGUAAGCUAUAUUAA